UGGCCAUUUCUCCUACUGACACUCCUUGGCUUUUGUUGCACCAUUCUCAAAAUUCUUUCCAAGUGCUCAACAAUUUUUUCUUACUCCCAAUUUCUUAUCUUUUUUUUUUGCACCUUCUUCCGGCAUCUGUUGUUACUCUUUUUUUUCCUUGCCUCUGCUCUAUGGCUAAGAACAAACCCGUAGCCUCCUCCUCGUGACUCUCCAAAGAAGUACCAACAGAUUUUGUGUGAAGGCUUCAAUCUUUUUGGUUACCCAUUUCGACAACUUAUAAGGUUCCAACCUGAUUCUGUUGAUAACCAGUAUUGUGUAUAUGGCCCAAACUUUCAUUCCUUCAAGAUUUUUCAUUCGAAUUUGCCCCAUUCAUUAGCUCUGAUAUGAUAUCAAUAGAAAAGAACCAUGAGAUGAGCAUUUGAAUGACCUCACAAACUGACCUCAUGCCUGUUUUGGCAUCAAUUCUAUUCUUCCACUUUGAUCAUACAGUAAAGGGUACAAGUUUGGGUACACACUCUGUUUUUUUUCAGCUUCUAUUACUACCCAUUAGACAUUGAUAUUUGUUUGUGCUAUCUUGAGUAUGGAAAUCCCACUCCUAAGCUACCAUUUUCCUUUCACUGUCAAGGACAGGAAAUCUAUGUUUUCUGGGUAUUGUUUUUCAUUUAGUAGGAGAAAAUGGAUAAACCCUUUUGAUAGGAUUAGGUGUUGUUCACUGGAAGUACAAGGGGUGCAGCAGCCAUGGCUGAAGCCGAAACCGUCGAAAAUUGAUGUUGGGGAGAGGAAAGAGACGGUUUUGGAAGAACCCCAGAUGAGAAAACAUCCCAGUUCUGGGAUUUGUAGUCAGAUAGAGAAGUUGGUUUUAAAUAAGAGGUAUAGGGAGGCACUUGAGUUGUUUGAGAUUUUGGAGUUUGAGGGUGGUUUUGAAUUGGAAUCUAGCACAUAUGAUGCACUGAUUAGCGCUUGCAUAGGUUUGAAGUCGAUUAGAGGGGUGAAAAGGGUGUUUAGUUAUAUGAGCAGUAAUGGGUUUGACUUGGAUUUGUAUAUGAGGAACAGGGUGCUGCUUAUGCAUGUCAAAUGUGGGAUGAUGAUUGAUGCGCGUAAGUUGUUUGUUGAAAUGCCAGAGAAGAAUUUGGUCUCCUGGAAUAUGAUAAUUGGGGGGCUUGUGGAUUCCGGUGAUUAUGCUGAGGUGUUCCGGCUGUUUUUAAUUAUGUGGGAGGAGUCUUUAGAUGGUGGGUCACGCACAUUUGCCAUGAUGAUUCGGGCAUCCGCUGGGUUGGGACAUAUUUUUGUGGGAAGACAGCUUCACACUUGUACUUUAAAGAUGGGUGUUGCUGACAAUAUAUUUGUGACUUGUGCUCUAAUUGACAUGUAUAGUAAGUGUGGGAGCAUUGAAGAUGCUCAAUGUGUAUUUGAUGAGAUGCCGGAGAAGACAACAGUUGGGUGGAAUUCCAUUAUUGCAGGUUAUGCACUUCAUGGUUAUAGUGAAGAAGCUGUCAGUAAGUUCUAUGAGAUGCGUGAUUCUGGUGUUGAAAUGGACCAUUUCACAUUUUCAAUGGUUUUAAGAAUAUGUACGAGGUUGGCUUCUUUAGAGCAUGCUAAGCAAGCUCAUGCGAGUUUAGUUCGUCAUGGUUUUGGAUUAGAUAUAGUAGCGAACACAGCACUUGUAGAUUUCUAUAGCAAAUGGGGGAGAAUGGAAGAUGCCCGUCAUGUCUUUGACAAGAUGCCACAAAAGAAUGUUAUAUCUUGGAAUGCCUUAAUUGCUGGCUAUGGUAAUCAUGGUCAUGGAGAAGAAGCUAUUGAGAUGUUUGAGCAGAUGCUUCAGGGAAAAAUGAUACCCGACCAUGUCACCUUUCUUGCAGUUUUAUCUGCUUGUAGUUAUUCAGGUUUAUCAGAACGUGGGUGGGCGUAUUUUAAAUCAAUGAGUAGGGAUCACAAGAUUAAGCCCCGUGCUAUGCAUUAUGCAUGUAUGAUUGAAUUAUUAGGUAAAGACGGUCUUUUAGAUGAAGCCUUUGCACUGAUAAAAAGUGCUCCAUUUAGGCCUACAGCUAACAUGUGGGCUGCCCUGCUGACAGCUUGUCGUGUCCAUGAGAAUUUAGAGAUUGGAAAAUUGGCUGCUGAGAAGCUUUAUGGAAUGGAGCCUGAAAAGCUUAGUAAUUAUUUUGUGCUUUUAAAUAUAUACAACAGCUCUGGCAAGUUGAAGGAAGCUGCUGCUGUUGUUCAGACCUUAAGAAGAAAGGGUAUGAGAAUGCUUCCAGAAUGCAGUUGGAUUGAAGUUAAAAAGCAGCCGUAUUUUUUCCAUUCUGGAGAUAAAAGCCAUGCCCAAACGAAAGGGAUAUACCAGAAAUUGGACAACUUGAUGCUAGAGAUUUCAAAACAUGGUUAUGUUCCUGAGAGAAAAAAUUUGCUUCCCGAUGUUGAUGUUCAGGAAGAGCGGGUUAUAUUGUACCACAGUGAGAAACUGGCAAUAGCUUUUGGGCUGAUCAACACUCCAGGUUGGACACCACUGCAAAUUGUGCAGAGCCAUCGGAUUUGUGGUGACUGCCACAGUGCAAUUAAGUUAAUAGCCAUGGUUACUGGACGUGAAAUUGUUGUGAGGGACGCUAGCAGAUUCCACCAUUUUAGAGAUGCCAGUUGUUCAUGUGGGGAUUAUUGGUGAUUACUAAAUAUGUUUGCAUCAAAGGGAUUAAACAAAAAAAUAUUUUAUUAACCAAAAAACACCGUAUCAGUCACACUUAUUGGUGUCUUUAUGUAGACAGUAUAAGCACAGGUAAAGUCAAUUUAGAACUGAGAGGUAAGAAAUCUUCAAUGCACGCCUGCAACAAUACAUUAAACCACCACACAAUUGGAACUAAAAUAAGAAACAAACGUCUCAGGAGCCUAAAUUACAAAUUUACUGAAGUUUUUUGCAAAUAGAACUCUGGCUUCUAUUCUUGUGUCUAAAAGUUACAACUACAAUGUGUAGUUUACACUACUGUAUCUGGCUCAGCCACCUUCACAUUGGUGUUUACUUUCUGACAAGUUCCAUUUCUUGGCUGCUCUCCCUCAAUGCAUAUCCCUGCUACAACUCAAGCCCUCAACCUAUCCAUCCCCUUCCCUCCUAAGAAGCACUGUUCUAGCUCUUUGGGAGAUUUUAACCUGGCAUUGGUACCACCACUAUGCUAACAAAUGCAGGUUCACAUAAUAACUAACAACUUAGAAUCAUGUAUCCAGUUAAGAGUACAAAGCUUUAAUCCUCUUGGCUGAGAUUGAAGCUUGAAGUUGAAAACUGCAAAAAGUUUGUACUCAUGACUCUUACAUCUUCUUGGCUGGUUGAUGAGGACUUAAUAGAUUAUCUUCUUGUAUGGAUUGUUCUGGAGCUCUAUUUCACUAUUGGCCAUUUGCUCCAAAUUCAGUUUCUGAGAUCCCCUUAGCCUGGACUCCGUAUUUUAUGGUUUAGUAUUACUAGUAUGGUUAAAGGCCUCUGGGAUGUGAAUAAUGGAUAGUUUGAUACAGCUUCUCAUCACAUAUUCAAAAUCAGAAGGCCUGAAUUCCUUCAACUUGAUAUAUAGCUGAAUUUAACCAAUGCUAUCAAGUAGCAUCCAAACCUUUUUUUUUUCGUCCAAGAUCAAUGGUUAGAUUGAUACUAAUCAACCAGGAUUCAUUAGUUUGACUUUGAGCUAGGACUGUCCAGAGUAUAAACUUAAUAAAAUGUUGGAUUUAUUGCUGUGGUGAGUAUUCUAGCUAGGCCUCUGGCAAACUAUAGAUAAUUUGAAAUUGGCUAUCAAUGGGAACCAUAUGAAAAUGGUGAGGAAUGCAUAGAAGCAAGAAACUGCGGCAGAAAAAAGAAUAUAAACAAAAAAAAUAUGAAGUUUCUAGUUGAAUUUUGAGUCAUUCAAUAAUCACAAGAAAAUGACUCUCAAUAUAACCGGCAGUCUGCAGAAUGAACAUUUGGACCACUCAAUAAAUGCAGAUUAAGAUCUUGCUCCUUAAAAUGAUCUUGAAUGAAAUUUCAGACAUCAUUUAUUUCAUUUCUGUGCAGAUUAUUCACAGCAGAUGAAAAGGUACCAUUAUCUCACAAAAACCACUGAAAUUUCAAAAUCUUUACAAUAGAUGCACCUAUGUUCUACCAUCUAUGACCUAUAUAUCUAAACAGAAAAGGAAAUGAUUUCCCUGAAGAUAUGUCAAACACAAAGUACAAAACUAGUCAGGUUGGAAAAUGCAUAUCAUGGUAUAUAUAGUAUGCUUUUUUCUUUUUGCAUCUGUUCAAGGCCUUGCUAUGCCGAACAAAAAUAAUUAAGCUUAAUCUUCAUCUUCUUCGAAUGAUUUCUAUGACUAUGAGCUCUCCUCAUU